GACGCGUCUCCACUGAGGACAUGACUUGUUGAGCUAACCGGUGUGAAUGUAAACAUUCCCGCAGAUUAAUUAUUAAACUUAAACUACGUUUGUACAUUUUCACAAUGUUGGCGUGUAAACGGGCUUUGUCCGGCACAGCGACCUCUGCUCUGCGGCUUCUCGGCAGCAGUCACCGGGCUGUGCAGAGAAGUCUGUCCACGCAAACACACGGAGAAGUCCGCAUCGCAGAGAUCCUGAAGGAGAAGUUCCCGCUCGCGUCGUCGCUCAAAGUCGUGGAUAUUUCAGGUGGCUGUGGGGCCAUGUAUGAGAUCCACAUCGAGUCCAGUGAGUUCACAGGAAAGAGGGUUGUUCAACAACACCAGUUAGUCAAUCAGGCUCUAAAGGAAGAGAUUCAAGGAAUGCACGGACUGCGAAUAUUCACCAGCACCCCGACAAUGUAGAGAACGUCCUUCCACUGCUGAGCCACCACUUAUUCUAUUGUUCACUCUGUCUGAAUGUAAACUAUCACAGAGGCUGUUUUAUAGUAAAAUAAUUCAGUGUUAAUGUCUGAGGCAGAAAUGCAGAGAACAUCAACACUGAGAAAAAAACCCAUAGCAUCACAACACAAGUCAUUUUUCUUUACUAUUGAGAAACAUUCUCUGACAUAACAUGUAUACAUAUAUGUAAUAUAUAUACAACCAAGCUGUGAUACGCACAAAUUAACGUUGUAAAGACAUUUUACAGGGUUUCAGGGUUAAAAGGCUGCUGGUUUCAUGAGGAGUUCUCCAGGAAUCACAGUGUGAUGAAACCUCGUGAAAUGAUGCGACUGCUUUUAAGUUGGUUGUCAUGCAUUGGAUUUGUACAUGGACCUUGAAUUUAUGCUAGCUAUGCACCAGGUAUUCACAUAAUAAUAAACAACAACAGACGAC